AAGAAUCUCCCACGACAAAAUCUUUCCUUUUUUUCAUCUCUUCUAGUUUUCUUCUCCCCUGUUUUGUUUCUUUUAACUAUCUAGAUUGUAUUGGAUUUGUUUAAUCAAAUUCCAAUUGAAUCGGAAGGGAUGGUGGUGAAGAUGAUGAAGUGGUCGCCGUGGCCGACUCUGGCCACCAGAAGGUACAAGGUGAAGGUGAAGUCCCUGAAGCUCCUCCUAGGAUGUUCGGAUGAUGACGACGACGACAUUGAUCAUAGUGCUUGCGCUCUAGAUCAAGGAGACGUUGAGGAAAAGGUUAUAGCCAUCAAGAUGAGAUGGAAAGGCGAACCCAAGUUUGGAUUGGUCCCUUUUCAUCUACCAUCCUCCAAACAAUGCAGACAUUUUUCCAGGGAAAAGGUUGUGAAGAAAUUGGAGGAAGGAAAUAUUAAGGCCAUUGAAUGGAAUGGUGAUGAGGUGUUGGAGUUGGAGAAUUUCUGCAGCUUUACAAUUGUGUCAACCAGUCAAGAUGGUCGUCCAAAGUUUGCUCCUUGGGAUGUGUCCUUCAGUCUUUUAUAUGGAGAGAAGAAGAAGAAGACAGAGAGCAGCAAGGGUAAAUUGGUGGUGAUUGGAAGGGCCUCCUUGAAUAUAGCGGAGAUGGUGGCUGGGAGGAUGAUGGAGCCUUCUCCUGAUGAUUAUGAUCUUCAUCAAGAAGUUGAAGCAAAACUUCCCAUCAAUCUACAGAUUGGAGGGAUUACCAAAGAAGCCCAUUUCCUGGUGCUGAUGGAUGUUGCUGAGAUAAGGGAUUCGCACGACUCGGUCCCUAACUCGGUUGACUCAAGUGGAGUAUGGAACGGAGGCGGGGGCAACUCGGAUGAGUCAUCCGGAGGAGUUGACAAGGAAGAUGGUGGGGAAGCCAACUCGGUCAAUGACUCGGGACCGUGCUCGGACGCGCAAAUGGAACCGGCGAAGAAAAUGGGGCUGUUCUCUUGGAAAAGGAGGCGGUUAAGCUUUAAACCGACUCCGGUUAAAGGAGAACCGGAUGAUAAGAAGCCCGCCCGCUUAAAAAAUGAGAUUGAUAAUGACCCACAGUGCAGCGGUUCCUCCAAACUUGACCUGGUCACCUCCGGUUCAUUGCAGGUUGAAGAUAAAGGUGACUGGGAAUCAAAGGAGGUGAUUAGUAGGGAUGGACAAACAGAGCUCAAGACCAACGUUUUCUUUGCUUCUUUCGACCAAUGCAGCAACAAGGCCGCAGGAGAGAGUGCUUGCACGGCACUUGUUGCUGUUAUUGCCUAUUGGCUCCAACUGAACCGAGAUGCCAUGCCUACGAGGCCAGAAUUCGACGAUCUCAUCAUGGAAGGCUCAUCUGAAUGGCGAAAGUUAUGUGAAAACGAUGCCUACACAUAUGAUUUUCCCAACAAGCACUUUGAUCUUGAGACAGUAUUGCAUGCUGAUGUUCGACCAAUAGCUAUCUCUCGCGAUGAUUCGUUUGUUGGAUUCUUUAGCCCGGAAAAGUUCGAGGCACUGAAAGAAGCCAUGUCUUUCGAUGAGAUAUGGGAGGGUAUCAGCAGAGUAGCUGAAGACCAUGACCCAAGGGUCUACAUCGUAAGUUGGAAUGAUCAUUUUUUUGUGUUGAAGGUGGAGGCAAAUGCGUACUACAUCAUUGACACAUUGGGUGAAAGACUCUGUGAGGGGUGCAACCAAGCAUACAUUCUAAAAUUUGAUGAUUCCUCUCUGAUGCAUGGAAAAAGUGCGAAAGAAGAUGUCAACAAGGCUGAAAGCUCAGAUAGUAAGAGUACAAAUCCUAAUGACAUUGGAGAGAUCAUAUGCAGUGGAAAAGAAUGCUGUAAAGAGUUCAUCAAAAGAUUUCUUGCCGCAAUACCACUCGAGGAACUCGAAGAAGAAGAAAAGAAGGGAGCAGUUUCAUAUUACUCCCUGCAUCAUCGCCUGCAAAUAGAGUUGAACUUUAGCUAUGUAUUGCCCUCGUCUUUCACAUCAUCACCAUUCUCUUCUUCUUCGCCUACCUCUGCAUCUUCUAGUUUAACUGAUGUAUGUAUAUAACUACUGUAUAUAAUAAGAUUUGACUUUGUAAAUCCCACUCCGUGUCUAACUUGGCCGCACAGCCUAUAAAAUGUUUCAUUGACUUCUUCAGGGAUUCUAAAGCUGAG